AUGGCUGAGGAAUCCGAUGUCGGCGUCACCGUUCGCAAGGUGGCGGAGGAAUUCCUGAAGCUAAAGACGGCGUACGAACACAAAAACGACGAUGCAUGCCCGGGCAUUCUGGAGGAGAUAAAGCGGAAACUCAUCCUGCUGCCGACGUUUCUUAACCCCACGGCGCAGAGCCGGACGCGUGCGGAAGAGCUCAUGAUCACCCGUGAAGUGCUGGAGCACGGCGUCUUAGUGAGUGCGCGUCUCGGAGACCUCGACAGCUUUGAGCUCUACUUUAACCAGCUCAAUGUGUACUACACAGAUAUUGCUAGCAGCGAGCUUCCUGAGUCCUCGUUAUACCUGCUUAUCCUUGGACUCAACCUGGUGCGACUGCUGGUGCGCAGCCGCAUUGCGCAGUUUCACUCAGAGCUGGAGAAAAUACCCAACCAAAUUCACGGCACGAACACGUACAUUCGAUUCGCCGUUCUCCUUGAGCGUUACUUGAUGGAGGGAAGCUAUAAGAAACUCCUCAACUCUCGUCAUCAGGCCCCUUCCAAUGAGUACAUCCCUGUCGUGGGAAUGUUAGAGUCCACAGUGCGGCAGGAGGUGGCGGAGUGCAUUCCCCGCUCGUACAACAAGCUUUCUAUAGACAAGGCACAGAAGAUUCUCAUGGUGGACUCCGCGGAGGAAGUGAGGGCGAUUGGACGGAGCCAAAAUUGGCAGCUCAGCGCUGACGGUUGCAGCUUCGUGUUCACGCGCGAGGAGGAUCUUGCUAGGAAGGAGGUCCCAUUUAAAGAAAUGCUUAAAAAUCACUUGCACUUUGCAGCAGAGCUGCAACGCAUUGUGUAG